GCCGCUGGUCUGCAACCCCGCUGGCUGAGCACGAUUUCACUCCGGUGGGGGCUGCAAAUGCUCUGACAAACUGUUGGGAGUGUCUUGAAAAACCUCCCGUGCACAGCGUUGGCUUAGUUUUCUUUGCCACCCAGAAACAGCCAGUGUGGAUGACAGCACCCUUCCAGAUACAGGACUGGUUUUAAUGGAGUCACCUUAUCCAAGCUGGCACCGCAAGAAUCCGAGGGAAAUCACGCAGCAAAGCCUCAUCCAGGACAUGCUUAAGUUACAUGUGGGGACUGGCGGUUUUCCCACAGCUGGGGUUUUGCUGGUGCUUAAAACCACAUCUGCUAAAAAAUAAAAACAAAAAGGAAACAGUUCAGCUGAAGUGGGUCCAGUACAUAUUUUCCUUAGUGUAAUCAGUUUUCUCACCUUCAAAGCAGCCUCUGCUACCUGGCAGUUUUCAGUUUUGCAGCUCUUCAUGUGUUGCUGCAAAAUGCUGUAGGAUGCCUCUGAACAGAGAGAGGUAAGGAGAGGUGUAAGGGGCUCGUGUUUCUGGGACACAUUCUGUACAUAGCGGGCACAUUUUUGUUGUUUGCAAAGUAAUUAUUGUCCAGCUUCUGCUGACACAGAAGUUGAACUUCAAGUGGAUUUUUCUCCAUCCUCUUGCCUGCGUUCUGCACUGCUGUGCCUUCUGUCUGCAAGGAAAAGGAGCCCGACUGGGAGGAAAACACUGUUAGUUACUGCAGCCUUUGUCUGCAAAAGGCAGGUAUGUCCUUCUAGAGCAGGGAAACACUGACUUGAAUCCAAGCAGCUCAGGGAGUAAUUAUUCUUGGCAAAUGUGAAUCAAUAUGAGCACAGUGCCGCUCUGCCCACAGCUUGCAAAUGACAGCACACAAUGUAGCAGGGGUGAAUUUCUUCCUGCCACUGCUAGCCUGACCUGCUUUGCCUGCAAGAGCAAGCUUCAACGCUCCAGAAGAAAAAGUGGUGCUCUGGAGGACAUGGAUGGAUGUCCCAAUCUCUUCAACUUGAGUGGUUUUGCCAAAGCUGAGCAUACCACGAGCAUCUCCCCCAGGCAUGAAAGCAAAGGGAAGUGAAGCAAAACAGCCCUGUAGUGGUUGCUCUUGCUGUGCGGGUUUGCACGUGGGUGUUGGGGGGAGAAAAUGGGGAAAAUGACUGUGAAGAGAUUUCUGAAAUGUUAUGUUCUCAUCACUGGCAAGCCUUGCUGACUAACCUUGCCUGCCCUGGGAGAGGCUCUUUGCUUGGCUGAAUUCCAGGCUCAAACAUUUGGGUGGGAAAACCCAGGUUCAUUCCUGGAGGAGCUGAGAUGCACCAGCUCCAAUUGCAUGUCAGCUUUGCAUUUUUAUUUUUUUCUUAUCUUCAGUGUUUGAAAAUCAGGGUUGCUGCUGAAGUGCAGGCAUGCCACAGGACCAAUCUUUAGGCUCCUAUUAUUAUUUAAAUUUUAACCUCUUAUCUUGCAUUCUUAUGCUCCUUGGUCACAGAAGCACACUCAGGUUAGUCUCAUGCUUUCCAGGUGUCCUCUGGCCACACCAGUCUGUCCACAAAAAUCAGAUAGGGCUGCAUCCUGGAUAAGCUUUGGUCCAUCACAGAAAAUAAAUUCCAGCUGCACUGCCUUACGGGAGCAUUUGACCCAGGAGAACUAGGUGCUCCCUGGGGAAAAGAGCUGGUCAGUGAUUCAAUGAGAUGGGUGUUGGUCCCUCACAUUGAGCUGCUACCAGGGAGAAGGCACUGACUACGUUCACAAGGGUGGCUGCAAGCAGGCUGAGGCACACUGAAGCCCUGCAGCCCCUGCUCCGGGAUGGUGCUACGCUCACUGUUAUUUGUACCGGGACCUGUUAGUUGGCAGCAUCAGAUAUGAGAAAUGAGUGUUGGACGCAGAAGAUUAAAGCUGCUGGGAAUUCUGAUGAUGGUAAACAUUUUUAUUUAUGUGAUUGUGGAAGUCUCAAAAAGUGGCAGCCAAGAGAAGAAUGCAGAAGGCCGUGUUAUUAUACCACACAGCAAAUUCUGGAGAAAAUAUACUCCUCACAAAGCUUAUUGGAACAAACAGCAACAGAAACUUGAACUGCUGUACAACCCUAUUCUGACCUUGCUUCCCAAUAUGACUGUGGAAGAGAACUUAUUUUCUAACUCAAGUGUUCUCAGUUCCUGUGACCCUGACCCAUGGGUACCUUCAGAGGUUAGUGACUUUGAAAACUUGCCAGACAGGUUCAAAGACUUUCUGCUUUAUCUGAGAUGUAGAAAUUAUUCAUUAUUAAUGGAUCAGCCAAACAAGUGCAAACAAAAACCUUUUCUGCUGCUGGCUAUUAAGUCACUUACACCCCAUUUUGAUAGAAGGCAAGCAAUUAGGGAAUCCUGGGGCAAGGAAAUAGAAUCGGGGGAUGUGACAGUCAAAAGGGUCUUCUUACUUGGACAAACCCCACCAGAGGAUAAUUUUCCUGAUCUUUCAGACAUGAUAAAAUUUGAGAGUGAAACCCACCAAGACAUUCUCCUCUGGAACUACAGAGACACUUUCUUCAAUUUAACUCUGAAAGAGGUGCUGUUUCUUAAGUGGGUCAGCAGCAGUUGCGCAGAUGUCCAGUUUAUUUUUAAGGGUGAUGAUGAUGUUUUUGUGAAUACGCAUCAGAUCCUGGAUUACUUGAAGAGCUUAUCAAAGGACAAAGCCAAAGACUUAUUUAUAGGUGAUGUCAUCAAAGAUGCUGGACCUCAUAGAGAAAAAAAAUUGAAGUACUACAUCCCAGAAAGUGUUUAUGAAGGUUCAUAUCCCCCAUAUGCAGGAGGAGGUGGGUUUCUGUACUCUGGUGAUCUGGCGUUAAGACUGAAUGAUGCAUCUGACCAGGUACUCCUUUACCCUAUUGAUGAUGUUUAUACUGGAAUGUGCCUUCAGAAGCUUGGGCUUGCUCCGGAAAAACACAAAGGCUUCAGAACAUUUGAUAUCGAAGAGAAAUACAGAAAUAACAUAUGUUCCUACACAAACUUAAUGUUAGUACAUAGUAGAAAACCUCAAGAAAUGAUUAAGAUUUGGACACGCUUGCAAGAUCCACACUUAAAUUGUUAAAGUAAUGUGCGUAAGUGUCUUAAGUCCAAAUAACUUCCCAAGUUUGGGUCUGACUUUCUUGGUGGGCCAUUGAAGCUCUGUUUAAUAGUUCAGUUUUCUCUGGAAACUUUUUCCUGUACUUCUGAAAAUAAGAAUAAUACUAAAUUUGAGGGGAUGGCUUGAAGACUUGGUCCUGACUUUUCCACUGUCCUGGUGGUCAUUAUGUUUCAAUAUUUGUCUUAAAUUAAUUUUUAAAAGGACUUCGAGGAUGUAACUAGCUGUCAGUGACCGUUAGCUGUAUUGGAAACAGGGGUUGCCUACUACAAUGCAUCUUUCAUUAAAUGUGAUGGUGGAAGAUACUUUUUUUUUCCUUGAGUAGUGUUUGUGUAUGGGUGUGUGGAAACCACUGUAAAUUGAAAAUACACAAAUUGGAGGAAUGUAGUUUUACUUUAAGUAUGAAACACUCUUAUGUGACUUUUAACUAUUGAAUUUUUUUAAUUUAUAGUUUUCCGUCUUUUUGCACCCCGGAACAGUAUUUUCUCCUUUACUUAGGAUCUUUUGUGCAAAGUAUGCCUGCGUUUGAAGGAUUUACCCUUUUAUUAGAUGAUGCUUUUUUUUACGAAAAAAGCAUAUUACUGUUUGUAACUCCCCAUAAAAAGAGCUGAAUAUAUAAGGAAAAGGAAGAACAGAUUUUGUUUGGGGCUGGGCAGUAGGUAUAGUUAGGUCUGCCCCCUGCCACAAGCUUAUGUGAGGUAAAGCUGAAUUGUCGCUCAUGUUAUUUAUGUGAAAAGCUGCUCUGGUCAAUCCUUGUUUUCUGUUUUGGCACUAAAUGUGAUCAGGUAGCUCGAUAUGAUGCAAGUAACUGAAAUUGCACAUUGCUUACGAGAGCAUGGUUUGGAGCUCCUAUAAAGUGGUAGCAAAUCUAGACUUGUGCAGAUCCUAAGAGUUUCAAAUUUUGAAACAAACUUUGAAGUUGCAUGAUGUCUCAUGUAGAGUUAAAUAUGUUCUCAAAACUCAAUUUUCUUCUGUAUUUCCACAUCUUGCUUAUGAGAGUUAUCCUAAAUAGUGGUUGCUUCCUUUGUAUAUGUAGAAGUGCCUGUCUAUUUAUUGUUCAGAUUGAAGACCAAAACAUUUUCUUAAAUAUAUUUUGUGUAACAUUUUAUUUGUAUAGUGUUGUCACUCAGAUAUUUAAACAGAGCAUGAUAUUUUAAAUCUGUGA